AUGAACAGUUACUCAAAACACUGCAGCUCCAGUGAGGACAGCUUUGAGUUACAGGGUAGCACAAGGUCAGAAGCUAAAAGCUUUGUUAAAAGCAAAAAUAAGGAUGAAGGCUAUCGACCCCAUCGAUCAAAGCACUGUCAGAAAGGGGGUGAAAAAAUCCACGUACUGGAACACUCUUCUCUUCAUCCAGCAGAAGUGGGAAACACAAGCCAAAAGCUCCAGAGGCAGAAGAAGACUCACAAGAAAAGCAGUUCCUCUGCGUCUGAUUUAAGCUUGGUGAGCCAAGGAUCAUCAAGCUCAUUGUCUGUUGUGGAAGAAAAAAUAGAAGCUAAACUCAAAUUCUCUCAAUUUAUUAAUGAAGUUACUUUCAGAGUGCUUGAUCCCAUGAGCCUGAGGGCAUACCGAGCUGCUAAACUGAAAAACACCUUUCCGACCAGUGUGAGAAGCCUAGAUGAUUUGCAUAUUAAGAGAAAGUCUUCUGAAAGCUGGAAAGAGAACAUUCUAGGUGGGAAAACCUGUGAAGAAGUAGACUUAGAGAGUCUGAGAAGUGACGACAUUGUGGCUGGAGCACGAACACGCAAAUUAGAGAAAUCCUUGUCCCUGGAUACAAGUCCCUCUCUCAGGUCAUUUGAUAAUGGUACCUCAUGCAGAACAAGAACUGGCUUGCCUGUAGAAAUUAUGAUUUCUCAAAGCAAACAAAUGCCAGCCACAAAAUCUGCAUCUCUGCCUAGAAGUACAAGCAUGGCCUCUGCUGCAGAGAUGGAGAAAAUAAGGGUACGAAAUUCCUGGGUGCCAACCUGCCUAUGGCAACCUAGAAUUCUCCAGGGCAGGCUCGCAAAAUCUUCACCUACCCUCUGGGACAGUACUUUGCAAGAACAGAAGGGGGAAUUACGAAAGCGUCUAUCAUACACUACCCAUAAGCUGGAAAUGCUUGAAACGGAAUUUGAUUCUACACGUCAGUAUCUUGAAAUAGAACUGAGACGUGCUCAGGAGGAACUUGAAAAAGUAACUGAAAAACUGAGAAGGCAGGUGAUUAUUCCCCUGAAGACCUAUCAUAUUGGAAGGCCAAAAUAUUUUAUGAGGAUACAAAACAAUUACCUAGCCUUACAAAGAAUUAAUCAGGAUCUGGAGGAUAAACUUUACAGAAUGGGUCAACAUUAUGAAGAGGAAAAACGGGCAUUGAGCCAUGAAAUAAUUGCACUCAAUAAUCACUUAAUAGAGGCCAAGGUGACAAUUGAUAAGUUAUCAGAAGACAACGAGCUCUAUAGGAAGGACUGCAAUUUAGCUGCUCAGCUGCUCCAGUGCAGCAAGAAUUACGACAGGGCACAUAAGCUCUCAGAGUUGCCAUCUGACUUUCAGGAAAGAGUCAGCAUCCAUCUGGAAAAACACGGCUGCAGUCUCUCUGUCCCCUUGUGCCACACAUCUUACGCUGAUACCAUACCCACUUGCGUCAUUGCCAAAGUACUCGAAAAACCAGACCCAAACAGUUUGUCUUCACACUUGUCAAGCCCAUCUACAAGGGAUCUCAAUUUUCAGGACCCUGCCGGAAAACUUGGGCAACGUCCCCAGUACAAGUCAGACAUCUACUGCAGUGACACCGCCCUUUACUGCCCUGAAGAAAGGAGGAGGGAGAGGAGGCAGAGUGUCGACACACAAGUGAAAGACGUGGGAUUCCUGCGGUCUCAAAACUCCACAGACAGCACUGUUGAAGAAGAUGGUUUCCAUUCCAGCUUUUCUCAUGAAGCCUUCCCAGAGUACAUUACCUCUCUACCAACCUCCAGCUCCUAUUCCAGCUUCAGCAUCACAUCUGAGGAGAAGGAGAAUGCCCAAGCCAACACUCUCACUGCCUCUCAGCAAGCUAUCUACAUGAGCAACCGAGAAGAGCUGUUUGAAAGGAAGUCACCUGCAGGUUACGAGCAUCAGGGAAGUCCUAGGUUUGCCAAGUCCAAACCCGCGCAGCACAUGGAGCUUGCUGAUGAUAACUCACCCACUUUUACUAGGACUCUGCCUCCAUAUGCAAACGAACCUUUUCAUUUCUCAGCCAUAACACCACAGCAGGCUUUAGCGAAUCAGAAAAUGAGGGAUGAGUGCAGGAACACCAACCUUUCAGAAGAAGACUUGCCUGGACGAUGGAGGCAAUUAAGUGUGGAGGACAUUGGUGCAUACUCUUACAGGAACACUGGCAGGCUGUCACCCUGUAGUUUUUCAGAGCAGUACUACAGCAGCCCUGUUAAAAAGGGAGACAGUCGAACAAGCCCCAUCUAUGCUAGUUACAAGGCAGAUAGCUGCUCAGAGGGAGACGAUAUCUGCCAAAGCAGACUUGUGGAUUCUUGCUUCCUGAGAACAGACAGUGGCCUGAAUAUUGACAUCAGCACUAGCUGUAAACAGGACAAACUGCCGACUUACAAAUCAAAAGAGGCAAGAGACCAAAAAAAUGAAAGGAUCACCGUCCAGUUAUGCAGUAGCAAAAACACUGAAAAUAGCCCGGUAUUGAAAAGAGAAUAUGUGGACGUGAGCCCAAACAGCUCAGCAGAGUCCCUUAAUCAGAGCUCAGUGGAGGCUUCAGAAAUCCACCAGUCUUCCAUGGAGCAAGGAAGCCAUCCGGGUAUUCACAGCAAACAGCAACAGUUUCAACGGACUGGGAGCACUGGUUUGAGUCGGAAGGACAGCCUUACAAAAGCACAAUUAUAUGGAACCCUUCUGAACUAG